CAAUAAUCAUCUGCAAGCCACUUCACCUUUUAAAACCUUAGCUGGUGACAAGAUUCAAAUCUUUAAAUCAACAGAGCAUAAGGUCAAAGCUAUAAAAGGUUUCAAUGGGGUGGAUGAUGUUUCUGAUAAGAAGCUGACAAGCCCACAAACUCCAGAUUUGUCUUCACCCUUCAAGUCUUCCCUUGUAUUGUCCAGGGCCAGCUCACCCUCUAGAAGAAAAUCCAUUUUUGAAGCCCCUGAAAGCAUAUGUCUCAACAAAACUCCCCUGGCCACACGGAAAGGCUCUGAUAAGACACCAGAGAGCCUGAAUUCAGGCAGACGUAGACUGUCUGUCAGCUUAUUCCAAUCGACAGGCACGUCUGAAUUUGAUGAAUGUACUGCGCAAAAUCCUGAAGAUGCAGAAAACAAAUCUGCAAAGUCGAGAAAUACCAUAGAUCACACUGAGGAUGAAGUUUUCGGCACACCCAUUUCAAAGAAGCAUUCUUUGUCUCGCAGAGCGAGUUACAGAGUUUCAAUAACCCCAAAGCGAUACUCCCCGGAAUUAAACUCAACCCCAACUAAAGAUUCAAAGGCUGAAAAAGCAAAACUUGUCACACCUGUCAGAGGCAUACUUCCCAAAUAUGCAACUCCUCAAAAAACCGAAAAGCAAAGGAAAAGUGACAUUUUAAAGACACCCCCUCGUCAAGUUAUCUUGAGUGACCAUGCUGCUUUGGGCCCCACGUCACGGGGAACUCCCAGACGAACAGCCUCAUUGAAACGAGUUUCUUAUGCAGAGUUUAGUCAUUCAGAAGAUGAACAGGAGUCACCCAUCAACAGAAAUCUGAAAAAUAUUGGAGCUAAAUUAUUGCAUGGUAGAAGUCCUGCAAGAAUGCCAAUGCUGCCGAGGUAGGUUAAAAAGAAUGUGUAAUUGAGUCUUAUGUACACUUCAUACUCUUCCGUUACACUUGCACCAGCCUUUUGGACUGCUGAAAAUUAGGGAUAAUAUUUUCACAAAUAUUAAUAUUACAAAAAUAUUUAGGUUAAAUUUAAAUUAUUUUAAAUUUUUUUAAAUUAUUAAUUUCACAAUUAUUUGUUUUUAAGAAUCUUCUGGUCUAUAUUUAAGCUUUACCCUUAAUUAUAGACCUGUUUACUCUUACGAAUUUGUAGUACAAUGUAGAGUUUUGAGAUGUAUUUUAUGAUUGUACGCUGAGAUCUGUCAUAACUACCAUAUUAAGAGACCGGAUUGAUAAUAUAUACAUUCCGGUAGUUUUUUCAGAUUAAAAAACAAAUAAAAUUAAUUUUAAAGUACAUUUUCAAUUGUUAGUUUUAGUUUUAAGUUGCAUUUGCAUUCUACAUCUAGCAGUGAAUGGAUCGAGAAAUACAAUUGUAUUACAUUAGCACUGAGAGGGGAAUGGAGUGAUUUUUGUCUAAAAGAGGGUGUGGGGGUCCUAAGAUUUUUAGCGCCACAUUUUGGCAAUGAUUGGGGGCAUAAAGUACAUAAGUUAUUAAAAAUAACUCCUGAAAGUCCAAAAAUAGCUUAUUUACAUCUCGAAUGCUGUAAAAAAUAUUACGCAAUGUUUGGUAGGAAUUAUCGUCAUAAUUUUGGCAUGUAUUUUCACAAAUGAACUCGCUAGAUAUUAACAGUACUAAGUAGUACAGGUAUUACAGUAUUAUUUAGACCACCAUAUAUUCAAUAUGCAUUUGACAUAUAUUUUUUGUUGGGCUAUGCCAGGGCUUCUAAAUUUUUGUUUCUCAGCGCCUAUGCCAAAUUCUGGUUUUUAGCAGGCUCCCUCUGUUAAAUUCUAACAAGUACACUUCGAAAUACCAAAUGCAUAAACAUAAUAUAAUAAAGGCGUGGGUAAAAAUAAAUAUAACAAACACUUAUGUAGGUCACUAGCCGUAAUCUACUAUUUGCAAACAAUUGUUAAAGUGAGUUACUGUUUGCACCACUGCUGUUAGAUUAAAAGUGGAAAGAAAUUUAUGAAAAUUUUGUAAUAUUUCCCAAUGCUCCAGGGAGGAAACCACAGCGACCCAUUUUGAAAAAUGUGCACACCCCAUGGACCAGUAGAGGGACUAUUUUUAGUGCCCUUGUCUUUGUGAAGAAAAUGGGAUGUUUUAGUUUAGUUCAUUAUGAAGGUCCUUUCUAAAGACCUUUAUGGCUCCCUCUGAUUUUUGGUACCUGUGGCUCAUGGUCCCAUGGUGAUGUGGCUUAUAGUCUGGAAACCAGUCAGUGGUGAAAACCUAUGUCACAUUUUGUUUACUGUAAAAUCAUAAUUAUAUACAGAUUAUUUUAUUUUUUGUCAUUUGAAAAGAAAAAAAAAAUUGAGGGUGUGGGGUGUCCGUAUGUUCAUUGUACAAACAAGUGGGGGGGGGGAUAGAAAAUUUGUCGUACAUACUACAUAUACCCUCCUGACAUUUGUUUGCUUGAGUAUGACAUGAUUUUAUGACAUUUAUUUCUCAAGGCUGAACCGCUGAGAGAAAACAGAAAAUUAGAGAUUGAAUUCUCAACUUUCCGCACAGCAACAUUGGGUUUUUAUAUAUUUUAUAGGAUCUGAGGAAGCCAUUGAAAUCUAUUUUUAGAACUUGCAAAAAUCUUUUCUUUACCCAUUUACAGAUUUUGAAUUUGAACCAUGUUAAAUUUUACCAGUGACAGACUAUGAUAAUGUGAUCUGCACAUUCCCCUAAAUAUUGAUAUCUAUAGCAGAUACAUGUCUGCAAAACAAAGUGAUUGCGGAUAGAAAUAUAAUAAUAAAGUUUAUUUGAAAAUCAUGCUUCUUCCCCAAAGGCUCGAAGCACGGUACAAAGUCAACCAUAUUAAAAGAGAAAUGAAAACAAUCGAUUUUUUACCACAUUGAAAUAAAAAAUGUACAUUACAAAAAUUACAUAUGAGCAUACCCAUUCCAAAGUCUUUCAUCCCUUGCAACCAUGAACAACACAAGCCAAAAUACAUCUAGGAGAUAGUAGCUAGCUGGAAAAGAUGGUAGAUAUCACCCCAGCAGGUUUUUGCAAAAUAGAUGUGUUUUCAAAUCGGUUUUGAAGGACAUCUAUUUUUCACCUUCAGUUUCCUUUUUUGUGUGACGGCAGCUUAACUCAAUCCCACAUGACACAUGAUGCGAGUAGUUAUUGUAUAAAUUAUAUAUACUGUAUGCUUUUAUUUAUAUACUGUUAAGAUACUGUACUGUUAUGGUACGAUUUUGUGACGAUAGUGUAAGAUGUUAGGAGUCUGAGGAUAAACAGGUCUUUAAUUAAAAUCUUCCCAGGUUUUGUCAUGGGUUCCCUUAGCAAUUUGAAGGAAACACUUUGAUCAUACCCCUGCUUUUCUUUAUUUGACAUUAAUCUCUUUCUACUUUUGUUCUUUUAUUCAUGAGAUUUUGGUUGGUUGCUUUCAAUAUUUAAUUCAUAUUCGUUUCUUUUAAUAUAUUAAUAUAACUUUUUAAACUGAUUUUAAUUUUAUUGUCAUUUAUCCAGAGAUAAAUAUUAACAUACAAAGCCAAAUAAAAUUUUGUUUUUACUUACAAGUGCUCAAAAUAUGUCCUCCAUUGAAAAGAUGUAUUAAAAGUAAAAUAGUUCUACAAUCUCCCAAAUUCUCAUCCUAAUCUACAGCUGUAGAGAAUCUGAUUUAGAUGACAGUGAUGCAGAUGAGGACUACAAUGGCAACAUAGAUGACUCAAGUGAAAGUAGUGAAGAUGACAGUUCUGUAUCUGAAACUCAAAAGACAAAGUCCAAAUGUCAAAGUAACAAACAAGGAAGAACUGGAACCCCCAGCAAACUUAGAACACCUAAAACCCCUGGAACUCCAAAAACGCCAAAGGUAUUUAAAUGUGUAUUAUGACAUUGAAUUUUAACCUGUUCUACAAAAUAAGUAGAUGGCUUAUAAAUACAUGGAAAUUGUCCUACACAUGUUUUUAAAACAAUAUUCAUUGUGAAUUUUGACAUUACAAAAAAAGUGAGCUUUCAAAUAUAUUGAUACAUUUUUCAAGAAAUAUGUGAUUUUUUUUCAAAUUAUUUUGCUUAAUGUCAAAUUUUUUUCACUAUUUAACACUUUAUAUUGACAUAGAGUAUAAAGAAAAAAAUAAUUCCAUCCAUAUGACUAUGAGGCGGUAUACGCAAUAACUUUUUCAAAUCGGACAAUGUUGAUUACACUUCUAUUAAUUUUAAAUACAGAAAUCUGUAUUACAACAGCUAGCAUUACAAACAAAUGAAUUAUCUAUCAUUAUAUAAAAAUUGCUCUAAAUCCAGUUUCUACAAUAUUACUGUUAUACGUAAAAUCUCAAAAUGACAAUUGGACUUUAAACAAUUACCGUACCUGUAUUUCAUUUCAAUUACAAGUGAAUUAUCCAUUUGGGAAAAUUUAAACAUUUUAGAAUUUAGUGUAGCUAAGGGGAGACUAUUCAUUCAUUUUUCUCGCUAUCAUGUUAUAGUUGGGAUAUACAGUUUCAAUUUUUUAUUUUAAUGAAUGGGAGAUAAGCAUUGGCUUUAUUGAACACUGGGUAUAACAUACGAAUGAUUAUUCUACCAAUGCACCAAUCCUUGGGAAUAAGUUUAAUAUUUUAAAAAAAAAAAAUCUUUCACAUUCUAGUGUUUUAAUAUGACAAGAGAAACAUGGUCAUUUCAGAUAAUGGGCAAUAGCAUGGAUAGGUUAUUACAGUAACUUUGUAUUUUUAAACACAAAUUUGAAAUAUUUUUGUUGUGUUUUUUUUCAGUUAUUGAACAGAGUUCUGUUAAGUGCCAAGCCUAACCUGCCUUCAAGAUCGGUUCCAAAGCCUGUAUUAAAAAAUGAUUUAGAGGAGGCAAGAGCAAGGUACAAACUAAAUAAUAAGACCAAUCCUUAAGUGAUAAAAGUUUAGUUGGGAUCAGAUAUUGACACUAUUUGAUGUAGUGUAGGUUUUUAAAAAAAAUAUUAAAAAAAAUAAUUUAGUUUGGAAAACAAAUUAGCAAUAUAUAUAAUACUUUUGUUCAUAUUAUGACGUAAGAGAGAAGGUUUCAUUACAUAUUUUGGUGAUGAAAAAAUGUUCACUGAAAGUUGUUCAUGUGCAGGUUGCAUGUGUCUGCUGUGCCAGACUCACUUCCUUGUAGAGAGAAAGAGUUUUCAGACAUUUUUAAUUAUAUAGAGAGUAAGAUUCAGGAUGGCACCGGAGGGUAAGUUUUAUCAUUUACUCUAUUAUAUUCUUUUCCAGUUUGCUUUAAAAUAAUUAGGGUCACUGGUCUGGGUGUGUGUGUGGAUAUCUAAAAUUUAAUCAUGUGAGGUAAUAGUACUUCUAACAUUAUGUUGCUUUAUCAAUGCACAGCAUUCACAUUUUUUCCUUCCACUUUGAUUUAAGCUGCAUGUAUAUUGCUGGAGUGCCUGGAACAGGGAAAACAGCCACGGUGAAGGAGGUUAUCAAAAUCCUGGAAGCCGAGAGAGAUGAGGGAAAUCUCCAGAACUUUAGGUUUAUAGAAGUAAAUGGUAUGCGUCUGACGGAACCCAGACAGGCAUAUGUUGAAAUUUUAAAGGUCUGUACAAUUCAUUGGGUUUAAAUUUGGAAAACUUUAUAUAAUAAAUUAAAUGCCUUUUUUGGUUGUGAAAAUCUAAUUUAAAUACACAGAAAUUAUUCCUACUCUUGUUUAAGGCCCUGACCGACACCAAGGCCACAGCCGAGCAUGCUGCCAAUAUACUCAACAAGAUGUUCAGCUACCCUGCACCCCGAUCUGAUCCUGUAGUACUACUUGUUGAUGAGGUUAGGCAUAUAAUACAUUAUGUUUACUUAAGUGUGUUUUCUAUUUCACUGAUAUCAAUUUUACAGGUUAGAAUAUUCAAGAAAUAGGAUUACCAAUUUUUUUUUUAGAGGGUAUGUCAAACCGAGUAAGACAACAGAAUUUUUAUAUACAUCUUGAUAUCACAAGUCAUUUUUCUCUUUCAGUUGGAUUUGUUAUGGACUCGCAAACAAGAUGUUAUGUACAACAUUUUUGAUUGGCCAACCAAAGAUAAAGCAAAGCUGAUUGUACUGGCUGUAGCAAACACCAUGGAUUUGCCAGAACGAAUGAUGAUGAAAAGAGUGUCCAGCCGUUUGGUAAGGCUUCAAUUCUUUUUCAGUGAAUCAUAGCUUUAUGAUAAUUUUAUUUUCCUUACAAUCCAGCAUUAAAUAUUGACAUAACUAUUAUUUUAUAAGACUAAAUUGGAACACUAAAUGUGUGGUACAUUAGUUAUAAUUUUUUAACAUUUGAAUUUCAUUCUUAAUUAAACACAGAAUUUAAAAUUUAGUUGGUUUCAACUAGGGCUGCAGUUGUUUUUGAAACUGAAGAUAAAAUUUGUUAAUUCACAAGGUAACAUCAUAAAACAUAGUUAUUUGAUUAAUUUUCAGGGCCUCACAAGAAUGACCUUUCAACCAUACACAUUUCGUCAGUUGGAAGAAAUUGUCAUAUCACGUAUGAAAGGACUUAAAGUUUUUGACAGUGAUGCAAUCCAGCUAGCAGCCAGAAAGGUAAAUCUAAACUAUUUUCUAUUUAUUUUUAGAUUUCUUAUCGUUUAAUGUUUCCCUGAUGCAUUAAGGAAGGCAUGGGAAACCUUUUGGCUCAGCCGUGGUUGUAAGAGAUCAAUAAUAUUUUAAGAAAACAGUUUUUCCCGUUUAUAGUUUUUUUAAAAAAAUGCUGUGUUUUACCUGCAGCUAAAAUUCUUCUGUUAUUGAACAGGUUGCAGCCGUUUCAGGAGAUGCUCGACGUGCAUUGGACAUCUGCCGCAGAUCUACUGAAAUAGCAGAAGCCAAGGCUGAAAAUGAUGAAAAUGCAAUGAUGGUCAGCAUGAGUGACAUUAACACUGCAGUAGAGGAAAUGUUCUGUUCACCAAAAUUGAUGGCCAUCAGGUGAUUAAUCAAGUUUAAUCAACUGAUAAUAAUAUUUAUAGGAUUCCUAAAUUUCAUUUUUCAAGGGUUAGAAAAUAUGCUUGUUAGAAUGUAGGUUAAAUUUAUUUAAAGUUGCCACCAUAAAUCUGAAAUAAUCUGUUUUACUUGUUUAGUAUUUUUAUUUUUAAACAAAUUUUGGGAUUAAUUUUAUAUUUAAUCAACUUUCUCAUAAAUUUUAUAACAUUAAGUAAUCUCUGAGCAAUUUAGACAGAUACAUUUUUUAAUGCAUGGAACAGACCUGUUUACUCUUACGAUUUUGGCGUACAAUGUACGAUUUUUAGAUGUCUUUUACGAUUGUACGCCGAGACCCACCAAAACUACGAUUUUUCAGAGACCCGGUGAAACAAAUGUUUGUAGUUUGUGUAAUUUUGUCCGAUUUAAAAAAAAAUUACAAAUUUUCGGUUGUGGAAACUUUAGCCCUUUUGGCCCCGCAUUGAAUGGACCCAGAAAAACAAUGGGUUUUUGUAUAUUUUUUUUAUAGUUGGGACCGUCCUUCAUUAUAUUUAUGUACGCACUGAAAGGGGAGGUGGCGGUUGUUGAUUAAAGAGAUUGGUGGCAUACUAGAAACACAGGUUUGGGGGGGGGGGAAGGUGGGAGUUUCAAAAGAUAUAAAAAUAUCACCGCAACACAUCCUAUUGAUGGUGGUGAUUGUCUUAGUUUUGCUUUGCGUGUCACAGUGAACCAGCUAGCUGUGUCAGCAGCAAUCUUUAGGCUAGUCGCCUGGCAACAACUUCACUCACCACCUCCUAGGACUGCUACUGCUAGCAAGCGUGUGUUCGUCUGAACCGCGGCGAUUGUGAAGAGAGAAAACUAGAGGUGUGAGAUUUAGUCAGUGGCAUUGGCAUUAAAAAAAUAUUUUUGAACUCGCAGAGCAGCUCUAUCCAGAGGCGUAGCGAGGGGGGCAGGGGGCGGAUGUCCCCGGGCGCCAGCUAGUUAGGGGCAUGUUUCUUUCAGAAAUUUUCCACCAGGGGGGGGGGGGGGGGGGGCAGGGCCAGCAGUUCCAGUUGAUUUAUUGCGCCCCCCCCCCCCUUUUUUUUGUUUACAGCUUGUGAUAGUUACUAGUCUCUGAUACUAUAGCAGUGGUCGGAAAGUCGCGGUUCGUCCAGACUGCGGCUCGGCCAGUCAACUACAAAGCGGUUUUUACUCCGAAAAACAUGGUCCUUGACAGGUUCUUGAAAAUAAAUUUGCCUCGCAAAAUUUGUUUCAUGGUCCUGCUGCUGAUUUUGGCUCUUUUGACCAAUGAGUAUGCUGACCACUGCUCUUUAGUAUGUGAACGUAAAAACUCAGGGGCAUAUUGGAUAGACGAGGGAUCUAUGUUUUUCCUAUUAAUGAGGGUGGGGGAAGGUGGGUUCGUCACCAGCACGGAAAUACGUGUUAGUGGACUAGUGUGUUGUCACUAUGUCGUGUUUAAUAUGACUACUGCAGCGACCUCUUUAUGAAAACACAAAGCAUUAAUAUACGGUAUACGAUAAAUGCGAAGCAUUGUGGUGAUAUUUGUAUAGCCUUAAUAAUAAUAAUAGACCUAAUUAAAAUUCGUGGAUUUCACAGAUUUUCAUGUGACAGUUGGCUCUAUAAGAGACUGUCAGGAAUCAAGAUAAUUAUUGUAGAAUUUAUGCAUACAUGUAGGUGCAUUCUGGUGGGGCCCCCCCCCCCCCAAUCAAAACGCAUCCUCAGCGAGUAAGUCAUAUUUGGAUGGCCCUUUAAGUUGACAGGGCGUGCGGUUGGGGGGCGAGGUAUGAAUCAUUGUUAACUUUUUCAUUUUUAUUUGAAAUGUUAUAUUUGGGCUGUCCAAACAGCUCUGGCGCUAGAAUUUGGCUGCAUUGACCUAUGUGCACAUUUCGUGAUUUUAAUGUUACCAUUAUCAUUGUUUUCGGUUCCGUAGUUGACCUCACUUAGUAUUUUACGAUAUGACCUCGACAAAAAGAAAGGCUCGCGGAAUGGGUGAUGAAGAAGAAACUUCUCUUUCUACCGAUAAACAUCCGAUUCAACAACAGAAAAAGAAAGUUUAUCAGCAGAUAGUCUUGCUUGAAUAUCAGACUAAAUUGAUUGGGUUGCGUUCUUUGUCGAAUAGUCCAUCAUGCGCGCACUGCACAAUUACACAAUCUGCAAGUCGGACUUUUCAUGAACGAUCUAUCAGGGACAAAAGGAGUGGUGUUGAUUUAGGAAAUUUUGGGUUUGGCGUGGGUCUAAAUACUUAAAUCUAUACAAUCAACACCGCGACAUUUCCGUAAUGACAAGUUCGGGGGGGGGCUGUUCCUCGACAGAAAGAACGUACGUUAUUUAAAAAAUCUACAAUAUUCAUCUCCUAACUCUGAAAGUCCAAAAAUAACAUUCUAUUUAUAUCUCGAAUGCUGUAAAAUACCACCCAAUGUUUUGUAGGAAUUAUUGCGGUGAUGUUGUCAAGAUGUAUUGUCACAAAGAAACUCGCUAGCAGAUGUAGAGAAGUUACAGUUGUGUUUAGUCAUUAGUGUUCAGCGCGCGUGUGACGCAUAUUUCGUUGGGCUACGCCAGUGGUUCUUAUAAUUUUGUUUCCCGGCGCAUAUGUCAUAUUAGGUUUUCGCCAGGGUUUCCUGGAUGAAAUUCUUACAAGUACACUUCGAAAUAGGGAAUACACAAAUAAAAUAAAGGGUGGGAUAAAAAUAAAUAUUUCGUUCAUGGAGGUAACAAACAUGGAGGUAUCUAUAGCAGAUGCAGGUCUUCAAAAUUAAGUGACCGCAGUUUGCAGUUAACAUCAGUCGAAUACUGAUUACCUUCAGUUCCAUUUUUUGACAAACCGCUGAACUGGAUGUCACUGAACACACGCUAUACCAGUAGUUACUGUAUAUAUUAUAUAUUAUAUAUACUGUAUAUUUAUUUAUUUACUAUUAAGAUACUGUAUUGUACGAUUUUGAGAUGAUAUUGUACGAUUUUAGGAGUUUGAGGGUAAACAGGUCUGAUGGAAUGCCAUUAUUUGUUGAAGUCCUGUUUUUUAUUUGUCAUAUUUAUUGUAUACAACUUUUGAAAAACAUUCUGGCUGUACUAUGUAAGUCUACGUAAGGAUCUGUUAGAAAUUUUAUAACCUGGAUAUAGCAGGGAUUACAUUUAAAAGUUGGUAUUAUUGUUUAAAAAAUCUGUCCACAUUGAAAACUAAAAUAAUUUAGACAGCUUUUCAUUAAAAGUUUGUCCUUCUUGAUUAGGAACUUGUCAUUGCAAGAACAGAUGUUUUUAAGGGCUAUUGUAGCUGAGUUCCAGCGAGCUGGCAUAGAGGAGGCUGAGUUCUCCAAGCUAUAUGACC